AUGAAUUAAAUUACAAAAUAUAUAUAGACAUUUCCCUCCAUAGAUUAUGGAGAAUAAUAAAAAGACAUAGAUGAAGAGAAUAGCAAAAUAUGGUUAUAUUCUUUAUAGAAUGAAUUUCGAUUAUAUUAAUUUACAAUAGUUUAAUCAACAUUUUAUUACAAUACAUUAGUUUGUUUGCCAACAGGUUUAGGAAAGACUUUUAUAGCAUCAAUGGCAAUAAUAAAUUUUAGUAGAUGGUUUCCAAAAGGUAAAAUAUUCUUUUUGGCACCAACACGACCCUUAGUAUCAUAAUAACAUGAAGCAAUGAAAAGAUUUGGAAUAGAUGGCAAAUUAUCAAAGAAUGAUAGAACAUAUUAAUCAUAAAUAUAUUUUUCAACACCCUAGACACUUGAAAAUGAUUUAAAUGAAGAAUUAAUUCAAAAUAUAGUUUUAGUAGUAUUAGAUGAAGCUCAUAAAGGAGUAGGAGAUUAUGCUUAUACAAAUAUAGUUAAAAGAUUAUUGUAUAACACAAGAAUAAUAGCAUUAAGUGCAACUCCUGGUAAUAACCUUGAAUAAAUUUAAACAGUAGUAGCUAAUUUAAGAAUUUCUAAGAUAGAAGUAUAUUAUGAAUAAAUUGGUUCAUUAGUUAAGAGAUGAGAAUGAUCCAGAAGUUGUUCCUUAUUUAAAAUUUAAAUCUGUGGAAAAGGUUGUAGUAUCAUUCGAUAAUUGUCAAAUUUUAGAUGAUCUUAAUAAAUAAAUGUAGCCCUUAUUAAACAUCAUAUUAAGUUUUGGAAUUCUACCUGUAGAAUUAAUUAGAGUUUGUUCGAGAGCAGACAUAUUUAGUUACGGAGCUUGUUUUAAACUUCGAGAAUUUAUUACGAAUUCUUAAUUGUAAUUUUAAAUUGGACAAUUAAAUUCAAAUAAAGUUUUUGAACAUUUAUCACAUCUAUAUAAAUUAUCUUAUGCUAAAAAAAUAUUAUUAGAAUAAGGAAUUCAACCAUAUGUUAGAUAUAUGGAAUUAGAUGACAUUGAAGAAGUGCAUCCUAAAAUUUAUAAAUUAAAAGAAAUAUUUAAAAAUCAUUUUACAAACAAUCAAUCUAAAGUUAUUGUUUUUACAAAUAGUAGAGAUAAUGCUUAAUUAUUAUGUAAUCAUAUUAAUUAAGUUGAAAAUGUUAAAGCUUCUAUUUUCGUUGGAUAGGCUAGUUCUAAAAAUUAAGCAGGAAUGAAAUAAAAAGAAUAAUUAUAAGUUAUUGAUGUAUAAUUUUAUUAUUAAUUAGAAAUUUAAAAAAGAAUUAAAUGUACUUGUUGCUACAUGUAUAGCUGAAGAAGGUUUAGAUAUUGGAGAAGUUGAUUUAAUCAUAUGUUAUGAUAGUGGUUUCAGUCCUAUAAGAAUGAUACAAAGAAUGGGUAGAACUGGUAGAAAAAGAGAUGGAAGAAUUAUUGUCUUAUUAACUGAAGGUAAAGAAGCUGCUGAUUAUGAAAAAUCUGUUAAUAAAUACUCUAAAUUAAUUAAAGAACUUAAAGAAUUUAAUAUUAAUUUAUAUUCUAGCAAUCCAAGAAUAUUAUAAUCUUAACCUGAAAUUUAAUUUAUUGAUGGAGAUAUUAAUUAAAUCUAAAUUAAAAUCAAAUAAUAACAUUCUAUUCAAAUUAAUAAUUAAGAUCUUAAAAUUAAAAAAAAAAGUAAUAAAAAAAUUGAUUAACAAGAAACUAAAUAAAUUAAAAUUGAAAAAUUCUUUACAAAAAAUAUUAAGCAAAUCUAAGAAGAAACUGUAGAAUAAUCAUCUACUAUCUAAUAAUAACCAUAUCAACCUUUACUAUUAACAUCCAAUUCUAUUACUAAACCAAAAAAAGUUUAAGUUAAAAAAAUAUAAUUAGGUAAUAUAGAUUAAUUCAUUAAACCAAAAGAAUAAGAAGAUAAAGCUUAAAAUAAAAAAUUAUAAAUUAAGUUGCAAUCAAAAUAAGUUUUUCUUGAAGAUAAAUUUACCAUCUAAACUAAAACAAAACCUAUUUUAUAAGAUGAAGAAAACUUAACUCUCUCAAAUUUAGAAUAAUUUAACGAAUUCCUAAAGUAAAAAUAGAAUUUCUAUUCUGAUUAAACUUCUGAUACUAUGUUCUAAUUUUUAGAUAAAUUAGAUUUUGAAAAAAUUAAUUUAAAUAGUCAAAAUACAAACGAAUAUGAUGAUUUAGAUUUAUCAAAAAUAGCAGAAGAAUUUUAAUCUAAUUGA